GGCUCAGCUUCCCUGGCCCCGCGCCCUCACCCCUCUCCUCGCGAACACGCGGGCGCAUCCUUGCCCACCCCCACCCCCGAACAGAGGGGGUGCCCGUGCUUUUGCACACCCUGGGGAAAGUCCCCAAGUCACGCGGUUGUGUGUGGGGAGCCUGUGACGCUCAGGCUCGUCUGCACGCUUCCGCCUACAGAGUCACGACUGGCGACUGUGGCGGAGGCGCCCCAAGCGCACGCCGACCCCUGCCUGGCCACUCGAGCGGGCGAGUGCGCACGCACGCACACAGACUUCGGCCCCGCGCCCCUGGUUCCUCGGCUACCAGGCGCGCGAUCACGUGGGCCCAUCGCGGGGCGGCCGGCGCGGGAAGCCGCGCGAGAGCCGGCAGCGGGGUGCGUGAGCCGGCGCCGCCGCGUGACGUACACGGCGCGGGAGCCGCCCCUCCCGCACGGAGGAGCCGGCCGGCGGCCGCGGCGGCGUCUGGAGCCACAAUGGACACAGCUAGCCAUAGCCUUGUCCUCCUGCAGCAGCUGAACAUGCAACGAGAGUUUGGUUUUCUGUGUGAUUGCACAGUUGCUAUUGGAGAUGUUUACUUCAAAGCCCACAGAGCAGUGCUUGCUGCUUUUUCUAACUAUUUCAAGAUGAUAUUUAUUCACCAAACAAGUGAAUGCAUAAAAAUACAACCAACUGACAUCCAACCUGACAUAUUCAGCUAUUUGUUGCACAUUAUGUACACGGGGAAAGGGCCAAAACAGAUUGUGGAUCAUAGUCGUUUGGAGGAAGGGAUUCGAUUUCUUCACGCCGACUACCUUUCUCACAUUGCAACAGAAAUGAAUCAAGUGUUCUCGCCAGAGAUGGUGCAGUCCUCAAAUUUAUAUGGCAUUCAGAUCUCAACGACCCAAAAAACAGCUGUCAAACAAGGGCUGGAGGUCAAAGAAGCUCCUUCCAAUAACAGUGGAAACAGAGCUGCUGUCCAGGGUGACCACCCCCAGCUGCAGCUCUCUCUUGCCAUUGGGCUGGAUGAUGGCACUGCAGACCAGCAGAGGGCCCAUCCUGCUGCCCAGGCCUUGGAGGAGCACCAGAAGCCCCCAGUGUCCAUCAAGCAGGAGAGAUGUGACCCAGAAUCUGUGAGCUCUCAGAGCCAUCCCUCACCCUCAUCAGAGGUGACAGCCCCCUCUUUCACUGAAAGCAGUAUCAAAAUACACUUAUGCCAUUACUGUGGUGAACGUUUUGAUUCCCGUAGUAAUCUAAGACAACAUCUCCACACCCAUGUGUCUGGAUCCCUCCCAUUUGGUGUCCCUGCUUCCAUUCUGGAAAGUAAUGACCUUGGCGAAGUGCAUCCACUUAAUGAAAAUAGCGAGGCUCUUGAAUGCCGUAGGCUCAGCUCCUUCAUUGUCAAGGAGAAUGAGCAGCAGCCUGACCACUCAAACCGGGGUACCACAGAGCCUUUGCAGAUCAGUCAAGUGUCUUUGAUCUCCAAAGACACAGAGCCAGUAGAAUUAAACUGUAAUUUUUCUUUUUCAAGGAAAAGAAAAAUCAGCUGUACCAUCUGUGGUCAUAAAUUUCUCCGAAAGAGCCAAUUGCUGGAACACAUGUAUACACACAAAGGUAAAUCUUACAGAUAUAACCGAUGCCAAAGAUUUGGUAAUGCAUUAGCCCAGAGAUUUCAGCCGUAUUGUGACAGCUGGUCUGAUGUCCCCCUGAAAAGUUCUCGCUUGUUGGAAGAACAGUUAGACUCAUCUUGUGCCUUAGAGUCAGAACUCACACAAGAAAAUGUGGACACUAUCCUAGUUGAGUAGCAGUUUCUCCUUCAGAAUUCUUAUAUCAGUUCUGAAAAAGAAAAUUCACAUGCAUUUUUUUAUUCAUAAAUUAUUUUCCUCCUCAA